AUGGUGGGAACGUUUCUACGAGUUCCUAUAUCCGUCCUCCAAGUGGCUGCUGCCGUGCAUCAGAUUCAUGAACAUUUUUUUCAAGUUCAAAUGACAUCAGGUCCCAGUAUGAUGCCUACUCUAAACUCUGGCGGUGAAUUUGUCCUACUCGACAAGUAUCAUGGUCGCCUUGGAAGGUGUUGCACCGCUGGAGAUAUGGUGGUUGCCGCAAAACCUACCGGCUCAAGACAAUAUGUCUGCAAACGAAUUAUCGGUAUGCCUGGAGACGUGGUCUUUGCUGAUCCGCUGGUGUCUGAUAAUAAAAUCAAUGUCCCUAAAGGCCAUGUUUGGCUGGCCGGCGAUAAUGUCAUGCAUUCCUUAGACAGCCGAACUUAUGGUCCUGUUCCCAUGGGCCUAAUCAAAGCUAAAGUUAUUGCCCGUGUAUGGCCAAAUCCUGGUUGGCUGUCGAAUUCACUGGAAGAUUACACACCCUCAUGA